AUUGUCCGCGACAACUUCGACGACUUCACUUAUCGACUUAUCGACGAUACCCAAUGAGUGAAAAUACUACUAGUGCAACUUAUGAAUUUGCGUUCGACGGUUUAGCUCAACUGAAUAAGGCAAUAUAUAGCCCUGUCUUUUCUUCAGGAAGUGACCAGCACUUAUGGCAACUUUGGAUACAACCAGCUGAUACCCUUAAAGAUGGUGAAGAAUAUUUAUCUUUGUAUCUUUGCGUUAUUCCUAAUGCCAACGAAAUUAAAACGGUUGAGCCAUGGCGAGAACGAAUGUUGACAACCGCGACAGUUUAUCUUGCUGAUCCCAGAACACGAACUCGUAUAGGGAGUACAAUUUAUUAUACUAACAAAAAUCUCAGAAAAUUUUCUAUUAGGUGCUCUUAUAGAGGGCGUGAAUUUUUUGUUAAGCGGUCCAUGAUUCCAUCUACCAAAUUAGUUCUAGGAAUCGAAUUUUUAAAUGUUCCUUUUACUGAGAAUUAUGUUCUAUGGAAUGAUAAUAAUUGUGCUCCCCCAGAAUCACUAGUAUACUCAUGGGGUACCGUUGUUAAUAAUCCGAGGAUGGCAGAUGUUUUAUUUCAGGUUCAAGGAGAAAUUCUUUGCGCAAAUAAAGAAAUUGUUUGCGGGAGAAGUGAAUAUUUUAAAGCCAUGUUCGCUAGUGGAUAUGUUGAGUCCCGCAUGAUAUCUGUUGCGGAGUGUGGACGUUUAAGAAAACGACUUCGUGAUUCUACAGGAAAUGGAAAAUUAGUUGAACGAAAUAUGGAUAUUGAAAGUUCUGGACAAGAUAUAGAAGAUUUAGACAAAACAAAACAAGUUGAGAUUAAAGAUGAAGAGCAAAGGUUUACUAAAAAACAACGAUCAACUCAUACAGAUAAUGGGACAUCUACAUCUUCUACUACACCUAAUAAUGAUGGUGAUGGAAAUUACAAGAUUGUUGACAAAAAUAUUAAGAUUAAUGAUAAUAAUGGGCAAGUAAAUAACAGAAAUGAUCAUGAAAUCCCAGAGUCAACCGUUAAAUCAAAAAGCGGUACUCAAGAAAAUGUCAUUGAAAAACAAGUUACUCAACAAGAAGAUCGAAUUUCGUCAUCAGGUAGAUCUAAAAACAGUGGACCAGAAGCUGAAGUUGAUGACGAAGAGUUUCCCCAAGAUUUACCUCCUGGUUUUUAUCAUGUUGUCAACAUUACAGAUUGCGAUGUACCAACAUUUUAUGCUUUGCUUCACUAUUUAUAUACUAAUGAAAUCACGCUCUCCGAGCCUGUGGGAACGUCUAAAGUGACGUCUCUUGUACAUCUUUUUCGUCUAGCCGAUAAAUAUCAGAUCACUGAUUUAAGACAACGUACAUUAGCAAGAAUUUACAAAGAAUUGGCGAUAUCUAACGUUGCUGAAGUAUUAUUUAGUUUGGGUCAUCAAUGGUUAGAUCUGAAAAAAGUUUGUAUGGAUUAUAUAUUAAAACAUUUUGCAACAGUUAGAGAUACUGAAGGUUUUAAUAAGGUUAUGGAACAUCCCGAAAAUUACACGGGCUUUAGUGAAAUUGCUAAAGAUCUUUUUAAAAAAUUAAAGAUUGCUGACGAAAGAGAAUAAAUAUUUAUAAUAAAAGAAUCACUUGAAAUCCAAUUUUUUAUCUUUUUAAUUUUUAUAUUAAUAGAUUCAAACUUUGCAAAAAAAAAGUUAUUAUUUCAUUAGAAAAACUAUUUUUAAGAAGAUUCCAUUAAUUUAAAUCUGUGAUGGAUAUAACAUCUUAAAUUUCAACAAAAUAAUGUGAUUAGUAUGAAGAUUUAAUUUAAUAAACAUGAAAAUUAUUUUUUAAGUUACU